CUGACCGGCUACCGGCCCGCCAGCAGCGGCUCGGGCUGUCUGCGCAGCCUCUUCUACCUGCACAACGAACUGGGCAACAUCUACACGCACGCGCUGCCCGCUUCCGCUUCCUCUGCGGCGGGGGAGAGGAGGGAAGCAAGUGGGGAAGCUGCUAAUCCCUCGAGCCCCUGGGAGAAGGCGCCUGGUGUCUGACCCAUUCAUAAUCGCCCUGGGGGCUGGCCCUGCUGGGCUUCCUGGUGCUGCUGCCGAUGACCAUGCCCUGGGGUCAGCUGGGCAAGGAUGGCUGGUUGGGGGGCACACACUGUGUGGCCUGCCUGGCACCCCCUGCAGGCUCUGUGCUCUACCACCUCUUCAUGUGCCACCAGGGGGGCAGCCCCGUCUACACCCGUCUUCUGGCCCUGGAUAUGUGUGGGGUCUGCCUCGUCAACACCCUGGGGGCCCUGCCCAUCAUCCACUGCACCCUGGCCUGCAGGCCCUGGCUGCGCCCAGCUGCCCUGGUGGGCUACACCGCACUGUCAGGCGUGGCCGGCUGGCGGGCCCUCACCGCCCCCUCCACGGGUGCCCGGCUGCGUGCCUUCGGGUGGCAGGCCGGCGCCCGCCUGCUGGUGUUUGGAGCCCGGGGGGUGGGGCUGGGCUCUGGGGCCCCGGGCUCCCUGCCCUGCUACCUGCGCAUGGACGCACUGGCCCUGCUCGGGGGGCUGGUGAACGUGGCCCGCCUGCCCGAGCGCUGGAGACCUGGUCGCUUCGACUACUGGGGCAACUCACACCAGAUCAUGCACCUGCUCAGCGUGGGCUCCAUCCUGCAGCUGCACGCCGGCGUCGUGCCUGACCUGCUCUGGGCGGCCCGCCACGCCUGCCCCCCGGACUGAGCCGCGGCCGCCCUGCCCACCGCCCGCCCGCCCACGGCCGUCGCCAUCAAGCGUCCCUCCUGCUGCUGGUCCGCAAGAGUGUGACUUCCUCAGGUUGCCCUGCCGGGACCCUUUGUCCAGCCCUGCCGCCCGGUGGCCAGCCUCCUCUACCCCUGCUCCCUCCAGAGCGCUGACUGGCCGGAAGGAAGUCUGCCCUCCUGUGGGCCUCAGCUGACCCUCUGCGACUGUGACGGCUGGAGCUGAGGGACGCUGGGGUCCUUCCUUGAGCUGACCUUUGGACUUCUGCCAGCAAAGGCCAUCAGCUCCCUUCCUCAGACCCUCAGGUGCGGCACCUGGCCGCCUGGCCCAGCCUCGCUCCGUGCUUCCUGCCACCUCCCCGCCCCGCCAGAUGCCAGCCCGUCUGGAGGCUGUGGCGUGAGGGGCUUAGCCCAGGCAGGAGGGCAGCAGCUGCUGCUUCCUCCAGGCGACCUCCAAGACAGCCGAGUCGCCUGGCCCAGGCCCUCCACCGCGAGUGCUGCCCGCGCUGACUGCUGGACCUGACCGCCGGGCCGCGCCUGCUCAGGAAGCCUCCACACGGCGCCUGGCUCCCAGCUCCAGUCCGGCCGGCGGGAGCCCGCAGCAGGGCUCGGCCUCGGCCCUGGCCCUGGCGACGUCAAUAAAGGAGCAGGAAGUGCUGUGUUGUCACAGAAGCAA